AACUUCUCCGGACUCCGUAUCAUACCGUUCGAUCCCAAACAACUCAGUCAGCAUGUCUUUUCGAGGAGGAGGCCGUGGUGGCUUCGCCACAGGCGCCAAUCGUGGUGGAAGCUUUGGUGGCCGUGGUGGUCGCGGAGGUUUCCAGCCGUCAUUCGGUCCACCAGCACAGGUCCUAGAGAUGGGUUCUUUCAUGCACGCCUGUGAGGGAGAGAUGGUUUGCGAAUCGAUCAACCCCAAGAUUCCCUACUUCAACGCUCCUAUCUACCUAGAGAACAAGACUCCUAUUGGCAAGAUCGAUGAGGUUCUCGGUCCCAUCAACCAGGUGUACUUCACCGUCAAGCCUCAGGAAGGCAUUGUCGCAACCUCUUUCAAGCCUGGUGACAAGGUGUUCAUCGGUGGCGACAAGCUGCUUCCCUUGGAGAAGUAUGUUAAGCGCGCUGGCGGUGCUGGAAGAGGCGGUGCCCGUGGUGGUCGUGGAGGCGCUCCCAGAGGACGCGGAGGUCCCAGAGGCGGAGGUUUCCGUGGUGGUGCCGGAGGCUUCUCCAGAGGCGGUGGCCGUGGAGGUCCCCGCGGUGGUGGUGGCUUCUCGAGAGGUGGUGGCCACAGUCUCUGUCUUGCCUACAUGUCUCGCAGGACAUCAACCAUGGCGAGCAAUUCUCCGAACAGCGGUAGCCCGUCUACGAGCGAUGGUGGCCAGGAAAAGCAGAAAUCGCUUCUUUCCGCAGAAACAGGUCACUUUAGCAUGAUCAGGGCCUUGCACCUCGCGGAUUUGGUUACUGAGCUCAAUGUCAUGUCUGUCUUCUCAUCGAUGCGAUACUGUCUAGGAGAACCAUCUGAACUUGGUGCAAUCUGGGCCGCUCUUGCAUUCAUGCCUUUUGGCAUGUUCUUCGAUUUUAUGGAUGGGAAGAUCGCCAGAUGGAGGAAGAAGUCGUCUCUCAUGGGCCAAGAACUUGAUUCGCUAGCGGACUUGAUCUCAUUUGGACUUGCGCCCGCUGCCGCAGCGUUCGCCCUCGGAAUCCGCACACCCGUGGAUCACUUGUUCCUGACUUUCUUCGUUCUCUGUGGCCUGACACGGUUAGCUCGAUUUAACGUGACUGUGGCCAUUCUGCCCAAGGACAAUACCGGCAAGUCGAAGUACUUUGAAGGCACACCUAUCCCGACAACGCUGUCCAUUGCGUCCUUCAUGGCCUACUGGGUGUCGCAGGGCUGGAUUCUCGACGACUUACCGCUGGGUCUUGUUGCCCAGGGUACGUCUUUCGAGUUCCACCCUGUGGUACUGAUGUUUGUUCUACACGGUUGCCUAAUGGUCAGCAAGUCGAUACAUAUCCCCAAGCCAUGAAGACUGUAAUCUGGAUAGAUACGCGAUUCAACUCGCCGUUUUUGGUUUCCGUUGCUCGAUAGAAAAGGUUAUUCUACGAAAAGUUAUAUACGAAAGGAAGCCAAAGCGAAAAGGGGACAUGAUGCAUUUAUUGAAGAUAGUGCAAUAUAUUGAAAAGUUGCUUGCAUAGAGGCGCACAUGUUUGAAUAUCAUGUAUAAGAAUUUCAGUUUCGACUAGCUACGUAGUAAGAAUUGAAUACAGAAAACACCGAUGAACACAGCGGCCAAUCGUUUACAUAUAGCUGAUACCUACUGCUUGGAAGAUGGAAUUCGGUUUCCGGUC